AUGUUUGAAGUAAUGCCAAUUCAACCACUUUAUAUAACAAUGAUUAUAGGAGCAAUAUAUACGGGUAGUCGAAUUAAUAAGAAAAUACAGUUUGGAGUGCGUGGGAUUAUAAGUUUGAUAUUUUUAUUAAUAUUUUCAGCGUAUGGUAGUUUCAUAGCAGUUCUAUUUAGUUUGAUUGGUAAACGAGGAUUAAUAAAUUAUGUUACAGCAAGAUCUUAUGGAUUUUUUGCUAUCCCUGCCGUUGGAAUUUCUUUUAAAGUACAUGGUGAAGAAAAUUUGAAUGUACAACCGGCUGUAUAUAUAUGUAAUCAUCAAGCUGCUAUUGAUGUGUUGGUAUUGGCAAGAAUAUUUCCCAAACAUUGUGUGGUUGUAGGCAAAGCUUCUUUGAGAUUCGUUCCUCUUCUCGGAAUGUUUACGGUAUUUCUUGAUCGUAAAAAUCAUGGCAGUGCAGUACAAGCGUUAACCAAAGCCGCUGAUGAUAUAAGGGAACAAAAGAUAAGCGUUUUCAUAUUUCCAGAAGGUACAAGAGCAAGGUUACAAGAAGCGGAUUUGUUACCAUUUAAAAAAGGUGCUUUUCAUAUGGCCGUACAAGCAAAGAUACCAGUUGUUCCUAUUGUAGUUGCCAACUAUAGCGAUAAUUAUGAUUCUAAACGUAAAAUAUUCCUUGGUGGUGAAAUUAACAUCAAAGUUUUACCGCCCAUUGAGGUAUCGCAUAUCGAUGUGGAGAAUAAAGAACAAAUCGAUGAAUUAACGAAUUCGACUCGUGAAUUAAUGUUGAAGACGUUAAAAGAAAUAAGCCCUCGAAAGUAUUCAACUAAAAAAUAA